AUGGCGCCUGGGCUAAACCUGCCGCCGCCGACGCAGGGCUCUUCGUCAGAAGACUUGCACCUGAUUUCGACGUCCAAAGUCGAUGGCGAGAUUUUUCCCACAGGCGGCGUCGUGUACCCACCGCCAGACUUGCGCCCGAUCAUCGACAAAACGGCCGAGUUCGUGGCUCGCAAUGGCGUUGCGUUCGAGGCCAAGAUCCGCGAGCAGGAGCGUUUGAAUCCGAAAUUUGCAUUCCUAAAUUCUGGCGAUGCAUACCACACUUAUUUCCGCCUCCAGAUCCGCGCGGCCGCAGAGAGAAAGCACGAUGCGCCCGGUCCGGCUGACAAGGAUCGCGCCGCGUCGGCUGUGCGGGCUGCAUUGCUGGCAGACAAGUCGAACACGGCGAAGAAAACUGAACCUGAGCGUCCGCUUCCGCAUGAAUUCUCGCUUGAGUUUCCUAGUACAGCGGCUGUGGAUCUGGAGGUGCUGAAGCUCACAGCCCUCUUCACUGCUCGUCAGGGGCAGGGAUUUGCUUCGCGGCUCAUGGCAAGAGAGUCGCGCUCGUAUCAGUUUGAGUUCCUACAUCCAAAGCACCCACUAUUCAGCUACUUCCACCUCAUGGUGGAGCAGUACAGGAGUAUCAUGCAGCCUUCGAAAGAGCGCAUCGAGCAUAUUCAACAAUGUGCAAGCCGGCGUCGUGGUCCAGGCGCGGGUGGUGCUCGAAUGCAUGUGCUAGACGAAGUGCGGAAACGUGCUACAUGGACGAAAUGGGACGAGGACCGUCGGCAGCAGGAGCAUGAUGAGGAGGCUCGGCAACGUGCUCUAUUUGAUGAAAUCGAUUGGCAAGACUUUUGUGUUGUUGGUGUGGUGGAAGUGACGACGAAUGAUGCCAGUGCUGAGCUUCCACCACCUCGGUCUCUGUACGAGAUGCAAAGUAUGGUCCUUACUCACAAGAAAAUGUCGGCAUUGCACACGGCAGAGAGGAGUGAGAGCAACGAGCAAAAGACCUCUACCGAGGCAUCCACGCCAGCAACGAGCAUGGCAGAUCAGCACAAUGCUACGCCUGCCGGCUCGUCGCACCACGGAUCGGCUGGUGCCGACGCAGAAGCAGCAGGUCCAAGCUCGUUACCCGCGCAUGAUACUAAUACGCCGACGUCAACGGAGGGUACACGAGCUAGCGUCGUCCGAUCCACAGCGCAAGGUCCUGUCAAGAUCCGCCACGACUAUGUUCGUGGAGCGCGUCCGGCACCAUCGACUGCGCCAGCUACGACUGUGUGUCCUGUGUGUGGUGACACCGUCGCUGUGAAUGACAUGAGUGAGCAUGUCCGUAUCGAGCUCUUGAACCCAAAGUUUCGCGAGCAGCGCGCUCAAAUGGAGCAGCGCCGACAGGAGCAGGCCAGUCUUGCGGCCGGCGCAGACCCGAGCCAUUUUCUUCGACAGUUUGCUGGUGCACGAACCGACAUCUUUGGUGUGCGAGCGGAUGAAGAGGCACAAGCACGACGUGAGGCGUCAGAACGUCGUCUGGCGCGUGAAAAGGAAAAGAAUGUGUGGGAUGGACAUCUCAAUAGCAGCAAGACGGCACAGGAUGCUCGUGCACGGUCGGGCGACAUUGAUCAGCAGCUUGCGCAAAUGCGUGCCCGACCAGCUCCUGCCGCAACGACAGCGACGCCUAUUGGGCCGCAAGUGCCUAGCAAGCGGCCCACAGAAGAACCAUUGCCGCCGCAGCCACCGAGUAAGCGACGAGCUGACGAACGACGCGAGGAAGGUGCGCCGAGAUAUGCCGAGCAGGAAUGGCUCGCGAUGUACCCGCAUCCCAUCACGCUUCGAGUCCAUGUGCCAGAUGCGACACAUAUCGCACCAGCGUGUGACGGUCACGUCGAAGAAACAUCGGGCCUUUCUCUCAGCACGACCAUUGGUCAAGUGCGCGAUCGGAUUCUUUCCGAGACACUCGGUAAAGCUGUAGGCGCGUCGAAGCUCAAAAUGUGGGUUCAGGGCAAGCCGGCGACACUGCGACAGUCGCUAGCGUAUUGGAAUUUGAUGGAUGGCGCUCAUGUGGAGAUGAGCCUGGCUAAAUGA